CCUGGCUGGGAGGGGAGGACCGCUAGGUGGGAAUGGGCCACAGAGCCAGUGGACAGUGCCCAGAUGGGCCUCCGAGAGCAGGGCAGAGCUGACUCGGAACAGAGGGAGAGCCGGAGCUGGGUCCAGCCGGGUGCCAGAUCUCAAAAGUGGAAGGGCCUGUGAACGGCAGACACGGAGAGCGCAGACACCCGCUGAGGCCCACGGCCAGCCAGCUGCAGCAUCUGGGAACCAGAAGUCCCAGUUGGCAUCCAUCUGGACUCCUGGGGGUUCCUGCCCCGUUGUGUGACUUUUAAAGAUAAGCUGCAGAGGAAUAACAAGCCAGCCAGCCCUUCCGUCCCCUGAUCCACCCCAGUGCACACACUAGUGGGCACAGGUCAUCUACAAGACACUGCAGAGAGUGCUGUGGCCUCUGCUCCCCUGUCCUUUGACGACAGAGGACCACGUAGACCAAAUUCCCCAUGAAUAGGGGUGGCUGCACCGGAGCUGGGUAGCCACAGUCUUCAGUCCCAGUUUCCUCACCCAGGAAGGAGCCUCUGAAUCCUUCUGAACUGGAGGAAGCUGAGAGACCACCAGUCCAGCCGCUUUGCCUUAAUCGUGAGAAGAUGGAGGCUGAGGGUGCCACAUAGAGAGAGACCAGGAUUCCGGGGGGCUUGGUCUAGUCCCUGCCCGCUUUCUUCCCACCAUUUCCCGGCAACCCGUUAACAACAGCCCCUGCCAUGCCCCCUUAUGCCAGGCUCUCUGGUCUUCAAGUUGCUGUGCUCCUGGCGAAUUCCCACCCGUCCUUGAGGCUCGCACGGGUUCUGGGAUACACCCCCACCCCAGGCUGCACAGAUGCCACACAGACAGCGGUCUGGGCUUAUUCUUUCCCACCUCACCAGGCUGUGAGCUGUGCAAUGGCCUAGACUGGAUCUUUAGGACUGGGUCUCAGUGCUUGGCCGAGUCUGGCCCAUACCAAGUACAUGUUUAUGGAAUAAACGAUGAUGCCUUGUCCACAUCACAUAGCCAGUCUGCGGCAGGACUAGCCUAGACUCCAGAGUUCCCGAUUUCUGGGUCCCAAGCUCAUUCCUGCCUGAGUUUAGAUAUUUCACUCUCCUCUCCUGGUGCAGACCUCAGACCUGUACUCUGCAGGCAAAUGUUUAUAUGGACGGUCCCAGGCAGCCCGGAAGGGGAAGAAAUACCAGAGGAGCACACCCUGCUCAGGGCUGCCACUCUUUCCAAGUCCAGGGAAUUGGGGGCUGAGACUGGACUCACCACUGAGCUCUUCAAUACAUACAGAACAUUUCCUGCACUUGAAAAGACUCCUGCUUCACAGAGGCCACAGGAGACCUUCUGCCCUAAGAGGAAGCCGCAGGGCCCAGCUGCACCCUGAGUUUGGAGUACCCCGCUUCCCUCUUACUUGUCUGGCACACCCCUUGGUGUUCCUCAAGACCCAGCUGAGAUGUGACCUUCUCCAGGAAGCCUUCCUGAGUCUCCUCAGGGCUCAUGAAAGGAGAGCAGCAUGAGGAGCAGGGGCUGGGCCCCGACCCUGCGGCACCCCCGCAGCCCAAAGAGGAGGAGGAGGCCCUGAUCGAGUUCCACCGCUCCUACCGAGACCUCUUCCAGUUCUUCUGCAACAACACCACCAUCCACGGUGCCAUCCGCCUGGUGUGCUCCCAGCACAACCGCAUGAAGACGGCCUUCUGGGCUGUGCUCUGGCUCUGUGCCUUCGGCAUGAUGUACUGGCAGUUCGGCCAGCUGUUCGGGGAGUACUUCAGCUACCCCGUCAGCCUCAACAUCAACCUCAACUCGGACAAGCUCGUCUUCCCCGCUGUCACCAUCUGCACCCUCAAUCCCUACAGGUACACGCAAAUUAAAGAGGAGCUGGAGGAGCUGGACCGCAUCACAGAGCAGACGCUCUACGACCUGUACAAAUACAACUCCUCCAGCACCCUGGGGACCCACCCCCGCGGUCGUCGCGACUUGCGGGAGCCCUGGCCGCACCCCCUGCAGCGCCUGUGGGCCCCGGCCCCGCCCCCCGGGGCCCGCGGAGUCCGCAGCGCCGCCUCCAGCGUGCGGGACAAUAACCCCCAAGUGAACAGGAAGGACUGGAAGGUCGGCUUCCAAUUGUGCAACCGGAACAAAUCGGACUGCUUUUACCAGACGUACUCGUCAGGGGUGGAUGCAGUGAGGGAGUGGUACCGUUUCCACUACAUCAACAUUCUUUCUCGACUGCGGGACACUUCUCCAUCCUCGGAGGAGGACAUGCUGGACAACUUCAUCUUUGCCUGUCGCUUCAACCAGGCCUCCUGCAAUCAGGCGAAUUACUCCCACUUUCACCACCCGAUAUAUGGGAACUGCUACACUUUCAAUGGCAAGAACAACUCUAACCUCUGGAUGUCUUCCAUGCCUGGGAUCAAAAAUGGUCUGUCCCUGACGCUGCGCACAGAGCAGAAUGACUUCAUCCCGCUGCUGUCCACAGUGACCGGGGCCAGGGUCAUGGUGCAUGGGCAGGAUGAGCCUGCCUUCAUGGACGAUGGCGGCUUUAACUUGAGGCCUGGUGUGGAGACCUCCAUCAGUAUGAGGAAGGAAGCCCUGGACAGACUUGGGGGCGACUAUGGUGACUGUACCAAGAAUGGCAGUGAAGUCCCCGUGGAGAACCUUUAUCUUACCAAGUAUACACAGCAGGUGUGUAUCCACUCAUGCUUCCAGGACAGCAUGAUCAAGGAGUGUGGCUGUGCCUACAUCUUCUAUCCGUUGCCCAAGAACGCGGAGUUCUGUGACUACAGGAAGCAUAAUUCCUGGGGUUACUGUUACUAUAAGCUCCAGGAUGCCUUUUCCUCAGACCGCCUGGGAUGUUUCACCAAGUGCCGGAAGCCGUGCAGUGUGACCAGCUACCAGCUCUCUGCUGGUUACUCACGAUGGCCCUCAGUGACAUCCCAGGACUGGAUCUUCCAGAUGCUAUCCCGACAGAACAAUUAUACUAUCAACAACAAAAGAAAUGGGGUCGCCAAACUCAACAUCUUCUUCAAGGAGCUGAACUACAAAACCAAUUCUGAGUCUCCCUCUGUCACGAUGGCCACUCUCCUGUCCAACCUGGGCAGCCAGUGGAGCCUGUGGUUCGGCUCCUCGGUGCUGUCUGUGGUGGAGAUGGCUGAACUCAUCUUUGACCUCCUGGUCAUCACGUUCCUCAUGCUGCUCCGGAGGUUCCGAAGCCGAUACUGGUCUCCAGGCCGAGGGGGCAGGGGUGCCCAGGAAGUGGCCUCCACUCCAGCUUCUUCCCUCCCGUCCCAUUUCUGCCCUCGCUCCACAUCCCCACCAGGCCCUGCUACCUCCCCGGCCUUGAUGGCCCCUCCGCCUGCCUAUGCCACUCUGGGUCCCUGCCCAUCUCCAUCCAACUUGGUGGAGGCCAGCUCCUCUGCCUAUACUCUGGGGGAGCCUUGAGAGGGAAGGAAAGUGCCCUCCCCUCCCAAGGCAGGCGCUUCCCCUGGUGGGAGGGGAGCAGGCUUGGCAGGAUUAAAGAAUGUCUUGGGACUUCCUCUCA